UUGCGUCUCUCUUCAAAAGAAAAAAACAAAAGAGAAAUUUACAAAAACCAAAAUCGGCUCGUUAUUUGACUUUGGUUCGCUCAUGCUUUCGUUUUUGGAUUCAGAAAACAAACGGCCGUGCUUUCUGCUUUUGGUUUAAAACAGAAAACGAAAAAACAUGGUAUUUCUGUAUUUUCGAUUAAACGAUAAAACAAACUAUCAAAACGUACACGGACCGUUGAGCCUGUUUUCUACUCCGUGAAGGCUUAUAACGACUUAGUUACCGGUGCUCAUCAUCGGUCCUCUAGCGCCACCAUGUUGUGUCGGUAAGUGCUGAAUGUACAGCGUCCUGACAACAAGAGCCGGCUGACUGACAGUAGACUGGACAAUACGCGCAGAGAUCUCUCAUAUACAUAUAUAUUUAUAAAUAUAUAUUUACACGCCUAAAUAUAUACAAAUGUCGGAUGAAAUGACGAUGAGCUCAGUCUGAGAGGAAGCCGGCUAUUCUUCGAGUUGUAAGUGAAUUAAGCUCGCGCUCCCGUCUGCAGCGGGAGAGCGGGGCCGAGAGAGGAAGAGGAGGAGGAGAGAGGGAAACACAACAGGAAAACCCCGGAAAGAAGAGUUUCUUGGGGAAGCCUGUGUUUUUGGAGUAGGAGUGCGGGGAAGUUGCGGGACAGCCGCACUAACGGGACCCGAGGUGAGCUGCUGGAGCCGGUUUACAGCUACUUCUGUGAGCGACACGGUGUAAUAACUCUGCCUGGAUCCUAUGGUUCUAUGUUCAUGUUAUUAAUAAACUGGCUGAUGACCUCCAGACGGCAGGAGCUGAUGUGACCUUUGAGAAUGACCUCUCCACAUCCCCUUCUCUGCCAUUCCUUGGUGUCUAUAUCGAAUGGGGCGUCACACAUAGAAGAAGAUGCAGAUGAAGAGGAGCAGGGGGAGGAGUUUGAGUUCGAUGACAUUGGACCUCCAGAGAGGAGUUCCGGCUCCUUGAUGAAGAGUGAUUGGACCACAGACACAGCAGUGUCAAACCUUUACACCAAGACAAACACAGCCCAGGAGACAGCAAGGCAGGGCAUGAAUGGAGCAACCAUUACUAUGCAGGAGGGCCAACACCCCUCAGUGUGCCAGCAGCACUGCCUAGAUAUGGAGGUCAGGGAGUCACCAGAAGGGCGUUCCACUUCCUCUGAUCUGGGAGUGACUGGAGAGUCAGAGAGUUUCUGGAAAGCGAGCAGUAUUUAUGAAGAAAAUCCUUCUUUAAUGGCAGAAGGCGGUCAGGACGAGUCUGGCAGUGCAAUAAAUGGGUGCAGCCAACAGCAGGACAUGGCUGAGACCAAGGUGUCCUCUUUAGUCAGCCCACAGACUGAACAUCACACAGCUGAGGUAGACAGACCAACCAACCAGAGUCCAGUGAUCUGCAGCCCAGACAGUGUGGUCAGAGACCCAGAGGUCAUCUAUGACGACGUGCCUCCUGAGAACCUUCAGCACCCAGUGGAAGAUGUUGAUGGCAUCUACGAGGACAUCCAGAGACCUGGUCACCGGGGCUCCAACGGCUGGAGCUCCAGUGAGUUUGAGAGUUAUGAUGAGCUGUCUGACAGUGAGACUGUUCCUCCAGCCAGUAGCAAGGUAACUCAUUACAGAUGUCUUUUCAAUGUGAAUGCUAAGACUUCCUCAUAAUAUUCCUCUAUCUGGCAGGAAAUCCCAAGUCCACAAAAGCAGUAUGAGUAAUGCUUCCUUUUAGUAAAGCUGAGACUGUGUGUAAUUAUUCACUGAAUGUUUCCAUAUGCUUCAGAAUAUGAGUACAUCAAUCAUGUGUUGAAGAGUGGAUGCCUGUUGUGAAACAUGCUGAAGAGGUUUGGGUCAUUUUAAUGCCACACUAGAAAUGAUGUGAGAUGUUUGCCCACAUGCAUGAGUUAAUGUGCAUUCAACCUGAAUGAGAUUCAUGCUUAUUUUAUUUAUUUAGAAUAAGAUAACAUUACUGUCACAGCUCUGCCACCAUUAUCCUGUUUUUUCCAUCUCU